CCUGCCUCGAUCGCAAGAACCAAUGACCAGAGCAAUACUCUCUCUCAGAGCGAACACGACAACGCCGCUACCGCCUCAAAUGCUCAAUCGGCAAUGCACCAGAGUUAUCUGUCUCUGGUGAUGACAGAGUCUAGCAAAACUUUCGACACUCAAGACGUUUUUCUCUUGGUUCAUUUCACGUCAACCACUAGCUUCGACCUGCUUGGAAGUCAAAAGCUCUGGGCUAAAGAUGCAAUGCAGCUCGCGUUCCAGCACAAUUUCCUCAUGCACGCAAUACUUGCUCUCUCAGCUCGUCACCUGCAAGAGGCGGCACCCCUCCUAUCUCAGAAAUGCCUAUCUUAUGACUAUAGUAUGCUCGAGGCACAUCAGUUCUAGAGAGCUCUGUCAGGCUUUAGCAACGGGCUCAAUAGCGGCACCUAUUCAACUCAAGAUGCAGGCCUCGCCACGUCAUUCUUCUUUUUUUUUUUACGCCAGCGCAGCCUGCAAUGCCGAUCAACCCCCGGCACAGGCCUGCGAGGGCGCCUCUUUUACAUUCCUUCGCGGCAUUCAGACACUUGUCGCCAACAGCUCUUCUGUUGCCCAUAGUGGCCUCUUUAAGACUUUGGUUGCGCCGCCCCUCUUGUUACCGACUCUCUUUCCACAAGCCGUCACGGUCGUCGGACCUGGUGCAACCCUGAUGGGACUUCUUGACGGACUGGCUGCUAGCUCUCCCUUUCAAGAAAAAAGAGAGCUAUAUGUCGAGCGGAUUGAGUCUCUCACAUCAUAUCUCUCUGCAGCUACGAGGCAAGAUAUCGGGGCUGAGGUAGCCGAAGAAUUGCUUUUGGCAUGUUUUACAUGGCAGGCAUUUUGCCUAGCUGCGUUCGUCGCUGCGACCAACAAACAAGAUCCGAUUGCCUUGGCCUUCUUGGCGCACUAUUAUGCGGCAGUCGAAUUAAUCAUACGUGUGGUUAAGAACAAGUUUUGGUGGUGGCAGAACAGACCAAGGCAUAUGGUAAAGCUGAUUGGCCAAUCCAUCGACUUGGCAUGGGUGGCUUGGGUUGCAUGGCCAAUGGAGGUCAUUCAGAUGUUGGGAAGGUAAAUAGGACUAAGUUCUAGGGACGGAACUAGGGACCGUAUUGCUUAAAGG